AAAAUGAUAAAGAUAAAGAAAAAAUUAAAAAAUUACAAAAAACACUUGCAACAAAGGAAAUAGAAAUAGAAGAUUUAAAAAAAGAUAAAGAAAGAUAUAAACUAGAAACAAAAACUUGGAAAGAUCUUUAUGAUAAAGCUAAAGAUGAAAAAGAAAGAAAUUUAAGAAAAAGUGAAGAAGAAAAAAGAAAAAUUAAUCUUGAAAUUCAAAAAAAUGUUCUUACAAUUAUUACUUUAGUAAAAAAAUUUCUUCCAUAUUUAAUGAGACAAAUAAUUGCACAAUUUGAAAAAUUAGCAGAAUCUGGCAACCAAAAAAUGUAUAAUAUAAUUAUUGAAAAUGUAAAUGAAUUAGACGUAGCAAAAUUAUUUCAACAAGAAAGAUCUAAAUAUAACAAACUUAUAUUAUCAGAUAUUGCAAUUUGUUUAGUUUUCACAUCAGUUCAUACUAGACAAAUUGGAAAUUUACUUGGAAUUGCACCAUUAGAAGAAAUUGGUAAUAUAGUUUUUGGCGAUCUUACUAGUCAACAAUGGGUAGAUCAUUAUAAAAUUUCUGUUGCUGAGAAGAAAACGUACCAAAUACCACCACCAGAUCCACAAAAUCAACAAGAUCUUAGAUAUCUUACAGAUACACUAAGUUAUUAUUUAGGGAAAAAAUUUUCACUUCCAGCAGGACAAAGUGGUUUACCAGUAUAUAUUAGUGAUAGAGAAAUUGAAAUAGCAUAUAGAUAUAAUGCUACUAUUGAAAAUGCAUUAGAUUUAGCACAAAUAAUUGUGCAGCAAUUACAACAAGGUCAAAAUGACCUACCAAAACAAGAUGAAGAUGUAGAAAUGGAUGAUCCUCAAGCAAAACAACCUAAACAAACUCCUCUACCUAUAAUUAAUAAUUUAUUUGAUCAAUUAAAAAAAAAAUUGAAAAAACCCAAAGACCUGAUGCAAUAA